AGUCUCUCACAUCCACAGGAAGCCCUACAGCUAGAAUCAUUAUGGCCGCUCGACUUUGGCUGAAAACACACUUUCCAGGGUACAAAGAUGUUUUUGUUGGACUAUUUGUGGGCGCUGGUUUAACGAAGAUUUACUACGAGACAACAAAUGACUCUGAUAAAUUAGAAGACAAUACCAAAAAGCAAAUUCGAAGACUUGUGAAAAAAUACGAAAACCUUAAAUUCGGAGAAAAACUAAGAACAAUUGACACGGUUGAUUCUGGAGAAAGUUUUCCUGGUGAUUUGAUCUCGAGUUAUGGUCUUCCUCGACGAUCAACCGAGUUUAUACAAUACAGGAAUCACGUGUUAUGUUAUGAUCAGGCGAGGAAGAUUCCACGCUGGGUUUAUGAGCACGUGACCGCUGAUAAACUCAAGGGGGAGGGUGAGAGGAGUAGGUGUGAUUUCCGACCUGACCUGAAUGUGCCAGCGAUUUUCCAAGCCACCAAUGAGGACUACCUGGGGCGGGGCUGGUCACGUGGUCACAUGGCCCCUGCAGCUGAUUGUAGGUUUGACCAGCAUGCGAUGAGCGAAACAUUUUUCCUCUCGAAUGUAGUGCCUCAGGACCUUAACAACAACAGCAGCUUUUGGUACAGACUAGAGUCUUACUGUAGAUACCUGACAAAGCAUUAUUCAGAUGUACAUGUUGUGACUGGCCCACUUUUUCUACCUUCUGAAGAAGAUGAGAAUGGUGGCAAGAAAUUUGUCAAGUAUGAGGUCAUUGGUGAAAAUAACGUGGCUGUUCCAACUCACUUGUUUAAAGCAAUACUCGCAGAGACAGAGGGAAAACCUGCACUACUUGGGGCCUUUAUUGUGCCCAAUCAGCCAAUCAGCUUUGACCAUGAUCUUGAAGAGUUCCAGGUCUCAAUUGAAAAGCUUUCAAAGGAUUCUGGGCUAGCAUUUUUCCCACAAUUACCACAAGGAAAGGCAGAGGAUCUUUGUGAAGUGGAUGGUUGUAAAUUGAUGUCCCAGGAAUUUAUGGAAAAAAUAAUAUUCUGUCGUAAGCUCCACAACAGUCUUUCCCUUGAACAGCUUGAUGAAAUGUGGAGUGCUGCGAAAGAGUCUGGGAUUGCUAUAGAUAAGUAUGCUCUCGAGACUUAUGAAAAAAGGAAAAUGGAAUUGGAAAAAGAUUGCAAGGAUAGUGUGCAAAAAACUGAAUGGAACCAAUGAUGUCACACUCUUGUUUUGGAUUACUUAUUUUAAUGAAUAGAUGAACAUCAACGCAAUGGCCGCCAUCUUGACCUUACACAAUCCCAUGGUGCGCCGCACUGGCCACAGAAAGACCGCGACAAUACUACACUUAUGAACUCCCAAUUUGCUGGAUAAGGGUUCUAAGUAUAAUUGCAUUGGGAAAAGGCAUGGUCUUACUAUCAGUGGUAUGAUUGCAGCUGGAGCUGACGAAUUUGUUUCUCUCCAUUCUCAAAACUGUAAAAAUUCUCUAAAAGCUCUAAUGAAUUAGCCCCGAUCAAACCUAUCCUGGGGAAACCUUGAAAAUGAAAAUAUAGAAAAUAACGUAAUGAUUUAAAUAAGCGCCCCUACUUCGACCUCGAAUUUUGGAAUAAGCGCCCCCCUUCUCCUCCCCAUAAAAAUAUCUCAACCAAAGCACCAAUAGAAUGGUUUAAAUCUGCAUGUUAUUUAGCUCGCAUUGACAUUUUCAUAUUACAACGAUAUUGUCAUUUGUAAUCGAUUUAUAAACAAUCUAACAGCAUUUAAAAUGUAGUUUCCGUUUAUCGAAAAUAAAGUUUGAUUCCCCAAUAAACGCCCCCCUCCCCCCCCCCCCCCCCCCCCCCCACAAAGACCCGAAAAACUAAACAAGCGCCUCGGGUGCUUAUUCGAAUCAUUACGGUACUAGCCCAAUUGCUUGAGACAGAUUAAGGGACCGAGUCUUUUUACUAUGGGAAAUGUUAAAGCUGUUAUAAUCUAAGAUAACAGCGCAGGCUAAUGGCUUUUGAUCGUUCACAAGAACAAGCAUGUGCGCUUGAUGUAAAUAAUUAUCUUGCAGCCAAAGGUUUGUGCCGAAAUGUCGUUCAGGCAUGCGCACUUGAUGUAAAUAAUUAUCUUGAGGUAAUAGCUUUGUGGUGCGGCUGCAGCCUAAUUUCAAGAAUUCUCGUCGGUUUCCCUGUGGUGGGUAAUCGAAAGUGUAACUUUGAAAAGGUAUUCCCCGGGACAGGCAGGUACUGUACUAAACUGGCUAAAACGCUGUGCAUUAUUUAGGGAAGUGGACUAUGAGAGGAGCUUAACAAGAGAAACGAGCCUCGACACGUAGACACAAACGCAGAACACUUUUCUAGAACAGAAAAUGUAGCGCACGCAUUACGCAGUUUGUAACGGCUUAUUACAUGCAUCUCACGCAAUCAUACAUAUAUCUCGGAGAAAAUCGAUGUCACAGUUGUAAAAGGUUUAACCGAGGAGUGGAUCAACCUUACGGUUGACCCACGAAACAAGCCUGUAUUAAACAUUUUUACCGUGA